AUGAGUGAGGGCGUGGUCGGGACCAAGGAAUCUCUGAAUCUCAACAGUGAAUUGCCUCUGCCGCCGACCAUUUCACAGUCCGGUGCAUCGUCUGUGUCCCUGAACGCCGCCACAGCUGCUGCUGCCGCCGCUGCUGCCAGUUGUCCACCAACUGCCAAUGUGGUGACUAUUCCGGUGCCCAUACUGCAGUCGGAAGGCAAUUUCGCCUACAUCACCGUCAAGGGAUCCCUGCACGACUACACCUGCACCGUCUUCGGACUGAAUCAAGCCGAAAUCCAGGCCCUUUCCAAACGCUUUGAGAGCGUAAAGCCGUGCGUGAAUGGUAUUAUGGUGGCAGUGCCACCGAUGGUUAUGCUGAACACUCUUGCCCAGCUAAGCUAUAAGGUCACUUGCAGUUGCGGCGAAGCUGAAAUCUGUUGGACCAUGCAGCGUGAGGUCUAG